UCGCCUAGCAACCGCUGUGGUCACACAGGUUGCUGCUAAAACCCUGGGAUACCAGAGGAGAGAAACGAGGCAAAUGUCCACUGACCUGUACCGGCGCAGACAAUAAAUUACCUGUCACUGGAAAGUUUUGCUUAUAAAGAUUGUUUCACCUCUUUAAUUUUGAAUUACAAAAAAUGUAAAACGGUGCUUUGUUCACUCGGGUUUGUGAGUCAUUCAUAGGCUUGCGAGAAUAAACAAAGCCAACUCAAACUCUACAAGAUGCACAAACUGGAUGAUCUGGUGGAUUCGAAAGAGGCGUCUAUACUUGCGCGAAGAAGAGAUGAAGAAGUUCAGAGGCAGAAUAGAAUUUUUAAUACCAGAGUCAGAACAAUUGGGAUUGAUCAGCAGGCAUUGGAUGCCCAAAUCCAAGAUAGGAAAAUUCAGGACGAGACCGAGGCUAGAAAACACAUUGCCUUUGCUAAAGAUUUGAUUCGACAUGACCAAACAAUGUGCCUCUUCGAUGAUCGGCACAAACAUGAAGUUAUUAACAUAAACAAGGCUGUUUCUGAAUACCGUAUAUGCUAUCAGAAGCCUGAAACACGUCGUGAGUUUGAUCUGAAUGAUCCGCAAGCCUUAAAAAAAGAUGUUCCUGCCCGAAUUUCAGACACUGAUCCUCGCUGCACUGUAUCUAGCAUUCAGAAGUUUACUGGGGAAGACAUAAAUCAACAAGAAAGGAUUAGACGUCAACAGGAACAAAUCAGGGAAUGGUCACUUGCACAGCAAAACGAAUUGAAGAAUGCUUUGGAAGACCAGAAGUUUGCAAAUAGAUUGUAUGAUAACACCAGAAUAACUUUGGACCGAAGAAUUUGUGACUUGCAACAAAUGGAAGAAGACACAAGGAGAGCUGUUACUAUAACAACCAAAGAUUUUAAUUGGGCCCAGGCAACUGAAAAGGCUGCAAGACAAAAGCUGGAAAAGCAACAAGAGCAAGAAGAUAAUUUAGUUGAAAUUGAAAAUCUUCUUCACAGUGAUUUGCUAACAGAAAACCCAAAACAGGCAACCAGUGCUUUUGGACCAAAUCAUGUUAUUGUACAUCGCUGGAAAGGAAUGACACAAGAUCAAAUAGAUGAUGUCAUUCGAAGACAGAAGCAACAAGUCCAGGAAAGAAAGAGACUGGAGGAAGAAGAACGCCAGGUUAAUGCAGAAUGGGACAGGCGACGGAUCAAUGAUGCCCGAGCAGCUGUGCUUCUUGAACGGCAUCAGAAGCGAGUACAGAGGCAGCUCCGGAAAGCUGUGGAUUGCCAGAACAUGCUGCUGUGUAAGGACCAUAAAGAACGGGAGAGAUUUUUGAAAAAUGAAGUCUACGUGAAUGUUCCAACUGCUAAAUAUUUUGAACAGUUCAACACAACCAGCCGCUAAAAUGGAAGAAAAUGUUGACAUUUGCUACACACGUAUAUAUUUAAAAGACCGAUUUAGAUUUGUUUCUUAUAAAUCAUACUUUGCUGUUAAAAACAAAUACUCAAAUUUAGCAUUUGAAUGGUUUGCCAUAUUAACCAGAGAUAACAGAAAAAAAUUGAACGGCUGCUGUUAUUUUGUUGUUUUCCAUAUGAUAUUUGGAAACUUUUAAUACCACAAAUAAAAACUUUUAAUUUAACUUUUGGAAAUCA